GGUUUCACGAUCCCGAAAUAUUGGGUCAAGCAUAAAUUGGGUCUGUUGGUUGCCCCCAAGGUUUUUUAGCCUACUUUCCUAUUAUCAUCCAUAUUUAUCAUAUUCAGUCAAUUAAUUUACAAACUAAUUUGGUUUUGAAAAUUACGGAUAUAUGUUAGUUCUUAAAAUCAAAGAUAUUUAUUCAGAGUUUUAUUCAACUGCACCAAUAUUUGUAUGAUAUCGCAUAUCGGUAUUGUAGUCUUCUAGUAGGCCUAGCUCAGUAUAGAUAAAUACGUAAUAUUUCUGUUUUAUUUCAAGAAUUCGUUAAUUCAAGAAAAAAUGGAUUCUCAAGAAUUGGAGAACAAGAUACGCUAUUUCAAUGGAGAAAUACCUGCCGUUAAGGAAUAUGAACAAGCAGCUCAAUCAGAAAGAUAUAUUGAAACUUUACACAUAUUUAUCAAAGAAGAAAAGGAAGAUCCGAAUGAAGAGUCUUUCGACGAACAAGACCAAACACCAAAAGAAUGCGGAUUGAUAGCUGAUUCUCCAAGUGAAACUGUUCUUGACGUUGAAGACGACAGACUGGACAAAGAGGAUGAAAUUAAUCAUAUUUUUACUCAUUCAUUUGAAAAUGUGAUUCCUACAAAUAAUUGUGAAGGUUCUUUUACUGUAAAAUGUAAAAAUUCAUUCAUUGGAAACUUUGAGAAUUCAAUUUCCACAGAACUCUGUGAAAAAUCGAACUAUCCAGACAAUUUUGAUAAUUCUAUAUGCACUGAAAAUUUAUUGGAGCCGAUUGUUUCGAUAGAAGAUGUGCCACCAAACUCCACCGAACACUAUCAAAGUCUUAUUUCUCCAGAUAAUAUUGAUGAUAAAAAAUGCACUGUAAACUUAUUAGAGCCGUUUUUUCCUGCAAACGAUGUUUCAACCCAUGAAGGCCUACUGACCUACAUUUGCGCCAAGUGUGAAUUCAAGUGCUUGGAUCAGUUCGCUCUACAUACUCACAUGAGAAUGCAUGAUGAUGAAAAACGUUAUAAUUGUAAAUUCUGUAACUUUAAGAGCAAUAAAUCGAAUAACUUUAAACUUCAUCUCAGAAUACAUACAGGCGAAAAACCUUUCAGUUGUGAACUUUGUGAUUUCAAGACUUCGCGAUCAAGUUGCUUGAGAUUGCAUUCUAAAACUCACACCGGAGAGAGACCAUUCAGCUGUGAAAUGUGUGAUUUCACGAGUAUUCGAGCAAGUAGUUUGAAAAUCCAUCUUCGCACUCAUACUGGUGAAAAACCUUUCACCUGUGAUUUUUGUGAUUUCAAGUGCACUCGAUCAAGUAAUUUGAGAAUUCAUCUCGAAAUUCACUCGGACGAAGAACCAUUUAGCUGUGAAUUUUGUGAUUUCACAACCUUACAAUCAAGCCAAUUGAAAAAACAUCUAAAAAUACACACAGAUGACCCUCUUAGCUGUGACUAUUGUGAUUAUAAAUGUAAAAAAUCAGUUCAUUUAAAAAAUCAUAUGAAACUUCACACGGGUGAGAAGCCUUUCAAUUGCAAAUUUUGUGAUCACAAGUGUAAAAGUUCUUAUGAUUUGAAAUCUCAUCUUAUCUCUCAUCAGGGUGAAAAAAGCUUUAGCUGUGAAUUUUGCAACUACAAGAGUGCACGAGCAGGCGAUUUGAAAGUUCAUGUGAAAAUUCACACCGGUGAAAAGCGUUACCAGUGUCAGUUGUGCGACUACAAGAGCACGCGGUCGGGUGGGUUGAAAUGCCAUCUCAGGAAACACACAGGCGAGAAACCGUUUAGCUGUGAAUUUUGCGACUACAAGUGCGCUGAGGUUACCAAUUUGAGAAGUCAUUUAAGGAUACACACCGGCGAAAAGCCAUUCAGCUGUAACCUCUGUGAUUAUAAAAGCUCUAGAUCAAAUUCUUUGAGAGCCCAUCUCAAAACACACGCUAAAAAUGGAGUUUCUCGAGUGUGAAGUAUCAACCAAAUUUCUUAGUAGGUAUCUAGAUAACCCGAGUCUGGCUCAUUUACUUUCUAAAGUGGAGUGCUCUCCGGAUCAUUUUCAAUAAUCCAUUCUCAUUUGGCUCAAUAUUAUGCAACAUUUUCAACUCAAAAUCUUUCAUGUUAGACUAAUCAAUAAUAAAUAAUUUGAGUAUAUUUCUGUUUUCAACCAUCAACAUUUCAAAUUGUAUUUUUAUUUCAAAUUUUGAUUAGUAGGCUAUAUUAUGAAAUCUGUAUAAAUAAACUUUAAAAUCUUGAAGUUUCAGCCAAUAUAUAAUUUUAAAGGCCUGUUUAUGCUUUUGAAAAGUGGUUUAGGCGGAAUUUAUUGUCACCGUACAAUGAUUACAAUCAUGUUCGUCACAACCUACAUUUUGAAAUAGAGUUCCUAGAAAAUACUUUUUCAGUAGUUCCUAAUUUCCUCAAUUACUACUAGGAUUUAUUUUUCAAAAUCUGGAGGAUGACAAAAUCAAUCAAUUUGAAUUAGAAUAGAAUAGAAAUGAAGUUUAUUCAAUAAAACAAUUCAAACCGUUCUCAAUCUGACAAGAACCAAAUUGAAAUAGUAAACAGUAAAGAAAUAAACAGUUAAUCAGACAUGGCAUUUUGCCGUCAGACAGUAAAAGUUGAAUUAUUAAAAAAACUAUGGGAAAUUUGUAAAUAUAUUAUGAACAAAAAAUGUAGAUUACAGAUAAAGAUAGUGCCGUUUGGUUUGUAAGUGAAGCUCCUAACUGUAAUUUCGUCUAGGCCUAUACCUAAUUGACAAUCAGUGGCUUCAAUAAUUAUUGUUUCAUUGUAAAAAUAGAAUAAAUAAUAUAGUGGCAGAAAACAACAUGCAGGAAAUUGAAUAUUGUCUCAAAGAAUAAACCCCUUCUGCUAUCUUCCGGGUUGACAACCAGAUCAGUUUCUUUUGUUGCGCCUUGUUUGAUCAGGAUCGCCAUGGAUCCAUCUCCUUGAUCGACCUCUUGCGAAGUAAUGUCCUCUCCCUGGUUUGAAGAUCUCUCACACUUAUUGAUAGCCGGAAGCAUGUUGUAUCGCGUGAACUACAACGAUUUGACGAAGAAUAUCAGGAUGUUUUGACUGGUUGCUGUUUCAAAACGCAAUAAUCAACAAAAACUGAGGAAACCUGUCAACUAUUCCCCUCUACAGUUCGUAUUUGACGUACCAUGUAAGCCACUGACAAUAGGGUCAAGGCUAGGACUGUAUAUGUAUGUACACGGUGUCCCACGAACAGGUUUACACGUUCAAGUGUAUAUUACGUGCACAUUCAUGCACCGAACGUUUUCAAAUUUUACACAGUUUACAAAGUAGGUUCUAAAAAUAUUCUGGGAAAAUUUCAGCUCCCAAUUUUAGCAGGAACAAAAUGGCGGCUUAUUUGAAAAUUUUACCAAUUCGCUUCCUGUAAAAACUACUGCUGCCAUUUUGUUUCUACGAAGGUUAGGGAGCUGAGAUUUUCCUAGAGUAUUUUUAUAUUUUUAGAACCUACUUUGUGAACUGUGUAAAAUUUGGGUGCAUGAAUGUGCACGUAAUAUACACUUGAACGUGUAAACCUCUUCGUGGGACACUUUGUAUGUAUGUAGAUAUAUAUUUUUCAUUCAUUCAUUUCAUAUAUUUUUAUUAAUGUGUAUGGUGUAUAUAGCUAUGAAAGCAGAGUAUAUAGGUAGGCCUAUGUAGGUUGAAAACAGCUUAUAUGUGGUAUUUGAGUUUAUAAAGCUAUGAAUAGGUAGUGUAUGGAUAUAUGAAUAAAUUACUGUUUUCGUACAAUUUCUUACGUUACAGGGAGUGAAAAGCACUACACAAAAUUUAGUGCUCCAGGAUCUGUACUAUUUUCUUCUUAUUACAAUCUGAAAAAUCAAACUUUUUUGUAAGGCGAUAGCCUAGUGAUUAUUAACAAUAAGAUUAUUAUGAUCAUUGUGUUGUUAACUAUUUUCAGUAUGAAUUAAUCUUAUUUAUGAUCUUGAAUAAUAAAUAAAUGUAUUGUUGAACAAAUAUUUGUUUUUUUUUUAACUUGACUGUGAAUUAUUGUGUUUUAAGUGCAAUCAUACCCCUUUGUAAGUACUCAUACCCUAGUAUGAGUACUGUAAGCAAGAUUCUUUAGUUUUCUUAGCAAAAUAAUUAUUUUCUUUGAACUAUUAUCUAUUACCUAUCAUAUAGUGAUAGAAUUGCUACAUGGUUUUAUGUUUUCCUUUCAUUGUUAUAGCAGCUUCAAUAAGGGGGUGAAAUUUUGUAGCGGUUCCAUUCCUUUAGCAGAGGGAUUAGAGAAGCGUACUUUUGUUAUUUUUACCUCAUCACUGGUCUCAAUUGAGUGAAAAGUGGUGCAAAGUGAAAAAUUGUUUUUUUUUGUCAAAUGAUCUAUAUUGUUGCAAAAUGAACAUUCCCCCCUCCCUCAUUAAAGCUGCUUUAUAUAGCAAUGAAAGGUAAACAUGGAAUUGUGAAAUAUUUAAAAAAUCAAAGUACCCUUUUUACUUACGACAUUGAUGCCAUUUCCAAGUUACAAUCGUAAAUUAUGUGGAAACAUGUCGUUAGUAAUGAAAAGAAGAGUACUUUUAAUUUUCACAUAAAUACGAGUAGCCCUUACCAAAAAAGUUAAUUGUGAAAUAAUACACCAAAUUAAAGAUAAUUCAAGUUGACCAGAAUUUAGGGACCAUGCAUUUUGCCUCCAAGUCUGGGGUCUCUACUUGCGAGGUGAUAAGCAAAUAAUAGUCGGUCCUUUCGAAAAUAAAAAUAUUGUUAAUCUUCUCAGUACACAGAACUAUUCUAAAAAUUGGAUGGUUUUCAUUCAGUGACAGAAGCGUGUGAAUCGGUUGAAUGUUUUUUGUCGAAUGAUCUAUUGUUGAAAAAUAGAAAAUUUUAACACACUCCUCUGAAGCAUUACACGUGGUACCGUUUGAAUUUCUUGAUUUAUUGUUGCACUCAGGGCUUCAAUGGUUCGUGGUUUAUAUAUACACGUGCUUUUAGGUAGCCCCAUAAAAAUGCCCAAUUAUUGGCCCUUACUUUUCUCGGGAAAACGGUCGAACCGUCACUGUCAAUACGGAUCAUUACCUAACGAUGCUGCGUGAUUUUUUUCUGCCAAAUUGAGCAGACGACAUAUCAACGUCAAUACUGUAUGGUUUCAACAAAAUGGGGCGACAUGCCAUACAUCAAGAGCAGCUAUGGGAUUUCUAAGGCAGACCUUCCCUGGACGCCUCAUUUCGUUGCUUGGAGAUGUGGAGUGGCCUCCUCGGACACCGGACCUGUCACCUUGUGACUAUUAUUAAAGCACGUGUUUACAUGAACAAACCACAAACCCUUGAAGCCCAGAGUGAAACAAUAACACAAUAAAUUCGAGCGGUACCACGUGCAAUGCUUCAGAGGAGUACGGACAACGUCUACAGGAGUGUAUGGACAAAAAUGGACAGCAGUUGACAAAUGUUAUUUUUCGUACAUACCUAAUCAAUUUUUCCCCUUUAAUUUGUAUAAUGGCAACAUCCAAGGUACACACAAAAUUUUUUUUUUUAGUUUCGUUUAAAAAUAAGUGUGUUACUGUUAUUUCAAAUCAUCCAUACCUCCCUGCCCAACCGUGUAUUUAAAACUAAAAGAAGAUUUAGAAAAAGUUGUAAGAUGAAUAUUGUAGGAUAUUAUGUAAGCUUCAAUUUUGUAUGGAAUUUGGAAUAUUCAUAUCUGUAAGGCUGGCAACUAACGAUAGAACAUGCAUGAUGAAAAGUCGUUAUAGUCCUCACAGUUUUAUAUUCUAUGUUGGGCGCUUCUCACUUAAUAUGAACGUUUAUGUGCAUGGUAAACAUGCAUGUUCUAGCGUUAGUGGCCAGCCUUAGACGCAUAGUUUUCGAGAUACAUGCGAGAACCAAAAAAAUUGUACCCCCAGUCCCAUAGCACAGGGGUUGGGGUGGAGGUUUUUAUAUGUUUACCUCUGUACUAUCCUAAACAGAACUGCUGGGUCAAAAAUUGUCUUUAAACUUUUUCCUCUGUAACGCUUCGUUGAAUGGACUAUAAGGAGCAUUUAUGAAAAGUUAAAUUCAAUCUUAUUCACUCGUUAAGCUUUAAAUGUGUUGCAAACAAACGCUAAAAGAUCAAAUUAAUUUUUAUCAGAUAACUGAAUAAAAAAUCCUAAUCGAUUUUAUUGAUUGAUAUGUAAUCAAUGUAACCUAACAAAAUUUUUAUUUUCAAAGGAAUCCAACUUGAAAAUAAUAUGAUUUUCAAGAUACCGAAAAGUAAAAUAAUAGAAGUAUUUCAAUUUUGCAACUACCACUCAGAACAGCUGGCGAACCUCCAGUGUUCCAUAAACAACCUUUUGGUACCGUUUUAACAUACAUUUCAUACAACUUUCCAUCCGAGUCCUGUUCGCUAACACUAAAAGAAUGGAAACCAUGCUAUGGUUUUUUUUGAAAUAAUGAUGUUAAGCAUCAAUUUUUCAUUAUAAGAAAUAGUUUUAUUCUAAACACUAUAUAACUAAACAAAUUAAUGAAAGUACAAUAUUGAGAUUUAUACUAUAAAGCUAGAAAAAAAUAAUGAAGGUAUAUAAAAUUCAACAAUAUUAUUGCAAAGAAUUGAAAUCUGAUAAAACUUGAAGUUUGAUCUUUGAAAAUUUAUAUUCAAACUUUGAGCAAUUUUUUCUUAUUUCGACUUAUUUACUUAUUUUUACUCAAUAGAUACGGUACCUAUUAUUUUAUCCAUACAGAACCAGAUUUUGUAUUGUACCAUUUAAAUUAAUUCAACAAUUAAUAUAAUGUAACAUCAAAGCUAAGAAAUAAAAAAUGAGUUAGAAUGCUGUAACUUUGUGUUUUUUGAUUAAGUCUAAUUGUUAACUUUCUUAUUUAUAUACAUUCACUAGGUUGUUAGUAAAUAGAAAGUGCCGUUAAGAAAUAUACAAAAGAUUCUAUCUAACCUCAAUUAAAACAUAAACAAUGUAAAAUAUAAAUAAAAUAAGUAUAUGAUGAAAAACUGAAUGAUGUACUUAAUUAAAUACCAAUAUGAAUUUCAUUCUACUGACUCUGUGUAAACUGCAUUUUUAAAUUUAUUUAAUUCAUUGGCAAUUGUCAAUACAAUCUAAUGAAUUUUAAAUUCUUAUUAUUCACUAACUAUACUUAUAAUCAUUAUUACUACCUAGAUACUUAAAGCUACAGAAAGUAAAUUUGUAAUGAUUAAAUUCAAAUUGAAUUAUU